AGAGAGAGAGUAUAAAACUCCUUUCUUUUCUUUUCUAGAGAGAGAAAGAAAUAAUUUCAUAAUUGGGUUUCGUGGAUUAACAACAGGCCAUGAAUCGAAUCACCAAAAAAAAUCAAAACCAACAAAAACCCAGAAAAGAAGAAAAAAGAAAAAUCAAAAUCUUAGUCAGUAUAAAGUUUUUCCGUUGGAUUCUUUUAUUUUAUUAAUUAACACUAUUCACAAAUCGCAAAUCCCAAAUCCCAGUCUUAUUUUUCCCCAACCCUCUAUCGUUUUGGUUCUCUAUCUCUAUCUUGUUUGGUUCGCGAUAAAAAUCAAAGGAGAGGAUUUAAUCCUCCUAAAGCUGUGUUUUUUAUUCUUUUUGAUUGGUAAAAUUAAUGCCUCUCUUCGAUUAGGGUUUGUUGCCCUCUGCCUCCAUCUACCCUUUUGUUUACUUUACUCUUUUGUUCUCUCUGUCGACUUCUCUUCCUCUGAAAAAAUCCGUCGAUUUCCCAUCUGGGUUUUCGAUUUUUUGCUCGAUUUCUCAUACGGGCGUUCGAUUUUUGUCGAUUUAGAGCGUUUCGAGAGUUGGGUUUUGAUUAUUUUGAUUGAGGGGAUUGGAGGUAGUUUUGGGUUGCAUUGGUUUGGGGAUUUAGGGUUUGUGAUUUGCUUGGUUUGAGGUUAGGAUAUGUGAGAUAUGUAUCAUAUACAAGGUACCUCGAAGCAGCACUGUAGUUUGCUUGCAGUGUUAUGUGGUAACUUUCAUGAGAGGCCGAAAGGAGAUGAUAAGCCCGGAUCUUCGUAUCCGAUACCGGAGUUAGUUUCAUCUGGGAGAUUAGAGGUUCAGACGCUUAUUAAUCCAACAUUUGAUAAGUUUCGAGAAGCACAGAAGUUGGCGGAGCCAAAUAUAUUGUAUUUUCAAGGGGAGAGGCUUGAGAAUGAGGAUAUUGGCUCUCUUGUAUGGGGAAGUGAGGAUAUGUCAGAACCUCAGACACUCAGUUCACUCAUCGGGCCUGCAUUACCUACCAUUGUUUAUUUGGAGGUUCCUAACAGUGAGAAAAUUGCGCAAGCGGUGCAUUCUAAGGGGGUUCCCUACGUAAUAUAUUGGAAAAGUGCGUUUUCACCCUAUGCAUCCUCCCACUUCCGCCAAGCUUUAUUCUCAGUUGUGCAAAGUUCAUGUAGUCAUACAUGGGAUGCUUUUCAACUAGCACAUGCUUCUUUUCGGCUGUAUUGCGUCCAGAACAAUCAUGUGUUGCCUGAUAACAACCAGAAAGUCAGUGGGAAACUUGGGCCACGUUUACUUGGUGAUGCCCCAAAGAUUAAUAUCGCUCCUCAGGAAAGAGACGUGGAUGAAGAGGAAGGUCCAUCUGAGCCUCUUCCUGCUAUAAAGAUCUAUGACGAGGAUGUAGACAUGAAGUUUCUUGUUUGUGGAAUGCCUUGCGUAUUGGAUGCAGGAUUGUUGGGUUCCCUAGAAGAUGGUCUGAAUGCCCUUUUGAACAUUGAGAUUCGUGGGAGUAGACUUCAGAACAGAGUCAGUGCCACACCGCCACCUCUUCAAGCGGGAACGUUUACUCGUGGGGUUGUGACAAUGCGGUGUGACCUAACAACAUGCAGCUCUGCUCAUAUCUCACUUUUAGUUUCCGGCAGUGCACAAACUUGCUUUGAUGAUCAGCUUCUUGAAUCUCAUAUUAAGAAUGAACUUAUAGAGAAGAACCAGCUUGUGCAUGCUAUGCCAAGUUCUGAGGAAAGCAAGUCAUCCUUGCCAGAUUCUUUGAGUUUUGCUGCUAUAGCUUGUGGGGCAUCUGUAUUCGAAGUAUCCAUGAAAGUUCCUGCGUGGGCUGCCCAGGUUCUGAAGCACCUGGCUCCUGAACUUUCAUAUCGUAGCUUGGUUGCUCUUGGCAUUGCAAGUAUUCAAGGCAAACCGGUUGCUGCUUUUGACAGAGAAGAUGCUGAUCGUCUUCUUUUCUUCUGCACAUUAAAUGGCAAGAACUUGCUUGUGGAUGAUAGGAUCCGCUUCCGACCACCAAGAUGGUCUGCCUAUCUUAUUAGUGACAGGAGAAAACCCGGUGAAAAUGGUGGAAUUUUGGACGAUAAAGAAAUUAAACUGAUAGAAGGGAUCCAUAUACGUCCAUCAACUGCUAGAAAAAGAAUAAAUCCUGCUCUGCUGAAGCCUGUACCUCACACUCGACAUCACAAAAUGAUGCCUUUUAUACCUGAAACAAAUGUGUAUGAUGGAAGUCAAGCGAAACCCCCGUUGCCAGUAAUUCCUGUGAAGCAUAAUGUUUUACCUCCGCCACCUACUCAUAGAAAAUCUAUGUCAAGUGCUUUACAUACACAACAGAUGAUACCUUUGAAUCCAUUGCCAAUGAAAAAGCAUGGAUGCAAUCGUGCUCCUAUUCAAGUUUGUCCGGAAGAAGAAUUUUUGAAGGAUGUAAUGCAGUUUCUGAUCCAUAGGGGUCAUAGCCGUCUUGUCCCUCAGGGAGGAAUGUCAGAGUUUCCAGAUGCCAUACUCAAUGCUAAGCGUCUAGAUCUAUACAAUUUAUAUAGAGAGGUGGUGUCAAGAGGAGGGUUCUAUGUUGGGAAUGGUAUAAACUGGAAAGGGCAGGUCUUCUCAAAGAUGCGUAACCAUACAAUGACCAACAGGAUGACUGGUGUUGGGAAUACAUUGAAAAGGCAUUAUGAGACAUACCUGUUGGAGUAUGAAUUGGCACAUGAUGAUGUGGAUGGAGAAUGUUGCUUGCUAUGUCACAGUAGCGCACCUGGUGAUUGGGUGAAUUGUGGGUUAUGUGGAGAGUGGGCUCAUUUUGGCUGUGAUAGACGGCAAGGCCUCGGUACUUUCAAGGAUUAUGCAAAGACCGAUGGAUUGGAAUACAUAUGCCCGCAUUGUAGCCUGACAAACUACAAGAAGAAAUCUCAGAAGAUUAAUGGGAUUGGGAGUGCAUCCUCGCGGCAUGUGUAAUUUUUUGUUUUAUUUUUCUGUCUUUUUUCUUGUUUUCUAUGAGAGAAUAGCCCCACUUGUAUACGGGGUUAUUUUGUAUUAUUAUUGUUGUUAUUAUCCGUCGUCGUUCUGUCCAUUCCUAGCUUUGGCCGAGAUGUUAUACAUAGCAAGUUAGUAACUAUAGAGAGAGAGAGAAAAGAAAGGAAGUUUCCUUAUAUUUUUGUUGUGAACGCUUUUGAUCUCUUCUUUUAAUGGCUCCUGAGUUUUAAUGUGAAAUGUUGCGAAGUUUAGAGAA